CGCAAGGCGCCUUUUCAUUGGCGGAGGAUCCCCCGUCGCUCCGCCCACUCCGUGACGCCCCGCGUCAGUUUGGGGACAGUGAAGCGUUUGGUGGCGCCCGUUGGUGAGGAGGAGGCGGCGGAGAUGAAUGACGAGGAUAUGUUCUUGCGCUAUGAUUAUGAUGAUCCACCUCCAGCUUCUCCUCCGUCACAUGUCUCCACUCACAGCAGCCCAGCGACUCGCAGGGAAGACUGGUCCUGUCGUGUUAGUAUUCCGCUCACUGUGACUCGACCAAAUACUGUAGAUGGCCUUGCUGGGGGUUCGGUUCGAUGCGGACUUUCACCUGUUUGGGAUUGCGGGAUCGAGAUAAGGCGACGUGGAGCUGCUGGCCAUGCGAGAAGACCACUCUCUACAGAUCGAUUCCAACGAGUGAACGUGGGAUUGAGAAGCCCAAAACAUCAUACACGGGCUAAAACAGUAAUGAAGCUCAUGGAAACAGGUGAGAAGGAUGGGGAGGAGAGCCCUUCGGAGAGGAAGCGAAUCAUGAUUGGGCCAAAUUAUCAGGCCGUGGUGCCUGAGAGAGCAGAACACAGAGACCCAGCCGGGGAACGCCAGUGUGAGUCUUUGCUGUGGGAUCCGUCCGUGCUGCCCGAGACGACCGUUGCCUCCUUCCUGCUCCACGCGCAGAGCAGAGGAGGGGACGAUACUUACAGCGUGUGCGACGACGAGGAGGCUCUAUGGCAUCUCAUGCGUGCACAUUUUGACUCACGGGAGGCGCUGAAGAGAAUGUCGUUUGCAGUCAAGAAAGAUAUUUCUCCUCUGUGUGGAUGGAGUAAGGUAGAGCAGAGGAAUUUUGAGGUUGGGAUGAGACUUUAUGGCAAGAAUUUCCGCCUCAUACAGUCCAGUAAGGUGCGCACACGCUCCGUGGGCGAGUGCGUGUGCUUCUACUACCUGUGGAAGAAGGAACUCACCAAUGCGCUGCCCCCCUCCGCCCCCCGUGGCCCCGGCCGCCCCCCCCGCCGGCGCCGCCGCCCCCCGCCACAAAGAGACCCCCCGCGCUGGGGCUCGGUGAGGCGGACUCUGGGCCCCGCCCUCCUCCCGCACGUGACCCUGAUGGCGCUGGGACCCAGGCAGUGGUGCGAGGGGGAGCCCCCUUCACACACGGACCUGAGCUGAUGGAUUACGUGACCAGCGGUCGGGCAUCCUGCCUGAGUCACAUGAUGCGCGUUCUGUGAUCAAGUGACCAGGACCCUUGGGGCCCUGAAAACAGAACUCUCACCCUCACUAAGCGUAGGGAAUCCACGGAACAAUCUCCGACUUCAAUUCAACGAAAUCGCAAACUGUAUGUAUGCACCACUGCAGGUAUCUUUUCGCAGUGGUCAUCGGGGACAGGAGUGGAAUGUUUUUGUCACUUAAACAAAUCAGUGUUUCUAGCUUAAGCAAGUUCACUCGCUCCUGACACAGCAUGGGGUUUCUAUCGUGACAGAAUUGACGGAGGUUUAUGUAAGUGUGGGCACCAAAGGUUUUUGAAAGUUGUAUUCAGUCUUCGGCAAGAUGCAUUUUCCCCACCCCUGCCUUCUUCCAAAUCCUCACCCUCAUGCCAUUGUAAUAAAGUAUUUUUUUUAUAUAAA